UCUCUGAUAUUGGUUAAUGCGCUAUAUAUUCUACUAAUUUAGAUUUUGAUAACUCAGUCGCGUCCGGUCGAACGCACCGAAUUCUUCUGGAGUUGCCUAGAAAAUCAAAGAUGGCGACUCUCAAGUUGCUAAUUCUGGCUGCAGCAUGCCUUGCGGCGCAAGCAUUUCCUCAAGAUCCUCGCCCAUACAGAAACACAAUCUUCGCUGACGAGAAACUAGAAGGGGAAGCCUUCGAAAACAUAGAUGACUUCGAUGGCAACACACAACUCUCUAGAUCCGAUGAUAACCCGUACCGACUACCGACCACGACAAGGCCAGAACACUACAACAUACUGUGGAUGGUUGAGAUACCCGCUAAUAUCUUCUCGGGUGAGGUGGAAAUCCAGCUGUACGCGACUCAAGAAAACGUCAACGAAAUCGUCAUCCAAGCUAACGGAUUAAAUAUCACUUCGGUGGUCUUGAAAUUGGGAGAUACUGAAAUACCACAUACGGUUACCCUGCAGCCAGAGUAUCAUUUCUUAAGAGUGGCCCUCAGUAACGGCGUCCUUCAAUACAGCGCGACCAAUAGAGUUCUAUAUUCACUGAAUAUCGAAUUCAUUGCUCCGUUGAGGACUGACAUGUACGGAAUUUACGAAAACUGGUACAGGAAUAAUGCUAGUGACGAAAACGUGAGUUGGAUGGCCUCAACCCAGUUCCAGGCGACGUCUGCCCGCUAUGCGUUCCCUUGUUACGAUGAGCCAAGUUUCAAAGCUACCUUCAACAUUACGCUCAGAAGGCCCGUUGGAUUCAAAAGUUGGACUGGCAUGAGACUGCAGAACAACAUAACCAGCCCCAUUGAAGGCUUCGUGGACGAUGUUUUCUUUAUAACCCCGAUACAGUCUACGUAUCUUUUAGCUAUAAUAGUAGCAGAAUACGAAACUCUUGAAAAAUUAAACGAGAUUACAGGGGAUCUUGAGUACGAAGUUAUCGCUAGACCUGGUGCUAUUCAAUCUGGUCAAGCACAGUAUGCUUUUGAAGUAGGACAAGAACUACUAGCCGAAAUGAGCAAUCAUACCGCCAUGGACUUCUUUAGUGUCCACCCUCAUGUCAAGAUGACACAGGCGGCUAUUCCAGACUUCUCUGCCGGAGCUAUGGAAAACUGGGGACUGUUAACUUAUAGGGAAGCUUAUUUAAUGUACGACGAGAACCACACAAACAGCUACUUCAAGCAGCUGAUUGCUUACAUCUUGUCACAUGAAAUCGCCCACAUGUGGUUUGGGAAUCUCGUCACUUGCGAUUGGUGGGACGUGUUGUGGCUCAACGAAGGAUUCGCCAGAUAUUAUCAGUACUUUUUAACUGAUUGGGUUGAAACAUACAUGGGACUGAGUACCCGUUUUAUCAACGAACAAGUCCAUACUUCGUUGCUGAGUGACUCAUCUAACAACCCUCAACCAUUGACCAACCCUGGCAUAGGCAGUCCAUCUUCAGUCAGUUCGAUGUUUUCAACAAUCAGUUACAACAAAGGUGCUGCUAUCAUUAGACAAACUGAGCAUCUUAUGGGAUUCGAUGUCCACAGAGAAGGUUUGAGGAGAUUUUUGGUUGAAAGGUCAUUCGAGACAGCACUACCCAUUCAUCUUUUCCAAGCUCUUCAAGACGCUGCUGUGGAGGCAGGAGCUAUCGCAGAAUACGGAGAGGAAUUUAACAUCAUCGACUAUUAUAAGACUUGGACUGAACAGGGUGGGCAUCCAGUGCUUAAUGUCGAAAUCGACCACCAGACUGGACUGAUGACUAUCUAUCAGCGCCGUUUCAACAUCAACAGUGGUUACUCUACGCCUACCACUAACUGGAUUGUUCCUAUCACCUUCGCUACGGCUAGUGACCCAGACUUUAAUAAUACUAAGCCAUCCCAUAUCAUUAGAGAUGGUAUCACCGUCAUUAACCGGAACAGUAUCGGUGAUGAGUGGGUCAUUUUCAACAAACAACAAACUGGUUACUACCGAGUUAAUUACGAUGACUACUCAUGGAAUCUAAUUAUCAACGCAUUAAGAGGACCUGACAGGACUCAAAUCCAUGAAUUCAACAGAGCUCAGAUCGUCAACGAUGUGUUCCAAUUCGCCCGCUCUGGAAUCAUGACGUACACCAGGGCUUUCAAUAUCCUCUCUUUCCUCGAGAACGAGACGGAAUAUACUCCAUGGGUCGCCGCCAUUACCGGCUUCAACUGGAUCAGGAACAGGCUCAUUGGCAGCUCCUAUCUCGCUGAACUUGAAGCGAUGAUCGCAAAUUGGGCCACGACAGUGAUGAACCAGCUCACUUACUACCCGCGCCCCGACGAGUCGUUCAUGGAUUCGUACUUGCGGUACCAACUGGCUCCUUUCAUGUGCAACUUAAACCAAACAGCUUGCCGCGAAGCCGCCGUUAGCCAGUUUGAAGCUUUGCGCUAUAAUGACACGGAGGUGCCAGUGGACAGCCGUAACUGGGUGUACUGUAACGCCCUCCGCCAAGGUUCCGAGGAAGACUUCGAUUUCCUCUGGGAACGCUUCCAAAACCACAACGUGUACACGGAAAAGAUCGUUCUACUUCAAGUGUUGGGUUGCACUCCUCACGAGGCUUCUCUUAAAACACUUCUAGACGCAAUAGUGACGCCCAACUUUGUCAUCCGGCGCCAGGACUAUACGACUGCGUUCAGUACCGCGGUCAAUGGCAACGAAGGCAACACGCAGAUCGUAUUCAACUACAUCCAGACCAACCUCACUCAAGUAGCAGCUGCAUUUGGUACGAUUCUAAAUCCUAUAAAUUACGCAACACCCUUAUCUUACAUCUCAGCAAGACUAAGGUCUACUGAAGAAAUUGAUAAUUUCCAAGCAUGGGCCAAUGCGACGCAAGACAUAUUAGGUAACAGCUACAAUUCCAUCUACAACAGCGCCGAGUCCAGUCGCGACUCUCUCCAGUGGGCUGUUGAAGUCCAAAGUGACAUAGAAAAUUACUUGACCGAGGGUGACGAGACUUACGAGGCUUCUAGUGAAACGCCAGUCGUCACUGAUGCCCCGGUUACAGAGACACAGCCGCCAUUGGAAGAACCAACUACUCCUGAGCUCUCAGAGUCUGACUCAGCCAACACUGCCUUCUUGUCAGUGCUUGUCAUCGCUGUCGCUGCCGCUGCAAACUUUGCGCUAUAACCGUGCGAUUAUGACCUCAAGAAGAAUCAAUCUGCAAUCUGCGGUUUUCAGUAUUUACUGCAAGAGCUACCUUGGAUUUAUGACUACAGUAAUAUAAUGACUACAGUCAUUUAUUAUUAUCUUUUCAGAAAUAUUAUAAAGACCCAAUGAAAUGCAAUCAAUGUAACGUCAUGAUGAAUCUACAAAAAAAGCUCCGCUUUAAAUGAUAAGAGAUAAUACUUUAAUAGCAUUUAAAUCUAGUAUUAAUGUAUGCCUAACUUUUCAAAUCACUAGAUAUAGUUUUAUACAUUUUGUAUUUUUUAUAAAUUAUUGUAAUAAUAAAAUUGUCUUUUAA